AUGAAGAGGUCCACCCUNCCCCAGUCUUGCGCGGCGCCCGACUCCAAGUUCCUGCCGCCCCAGGCGCAGCCCGCGCCCCCCGCCGCCCCGCCCGGCCCGGGCCUGGAGAACUAUUCGUUCCUGCCCCUGGUGCACGACAUUAUCAAAUGCAUGGAUAAAGACAGCCAGGAUGUCCACCAGCUGCUGAACGAGCUGAGAACUAAAUUUGGGGAGACCCACAAACUGAUCAAAAGCAUGCAGGGCAUCAGCCGGAGCCCCGAACAGCAGCACCAGCAGCUGCAGCACCUCCGAGAACAAGUGAAAACCAAGAACAAACUCCUGCAGAAAUAUAAAACUCUGUGCAUGUUUGAAGUCCCCAAGGAGUAAAGGAGAUACCGCUCCGCAGACAGGACACUUCCUCUGAAGCUAAUUGUGCUAAUGUAAAUGGACCUGGUGUGCGAUUUGUGAGCCCAAUAGGGUGUGAUUGUGCAAAACUCAUUUGGGGUGUGUGGGGGGGGGUGAUGUCCGUGGGCCGUUUUCUGUGCACCUGGGUGGUAAAGCUAUGCGAGAGUGUACCACUUCAUCAGAAGGGUGGGUGGAUUCAUCUUGCCUAUUCCUGGAAUUAAAAGUGAGAAAAAUUAAAAUCCUAGAUGUUGCAAAGCCUGGGAUGAAUUUUCAGGUUAGCUUUCUACUUGCUAAUAGGUUAAUUAAUUGUGGAUUUAUUUCCUUGUCUUCCUGGCUGGGCUUUUCACCCCUUCAGCCCCCCCUCCUGUGGGAUGAAGUGGUACACUCCAGGUGGAAUUGUGCCACACGGUCCUCAU